AUGGUGGCCGGCCUCGGCCAAAACCAGGCCCUCGUUCGCAAGAUCAACGCCGUCUUUUUGAUGAAUUUCGAGCACGACGGGAAGGUGGUACAGCAAUAUACAUUCGACUUUAAAUCAAAAGACGCGGGGAUUCGGAAAGGGGAUGAGGGCAGAGCCAACGUCACGCUCAACGUCGAAGAUGCGGAUUUUUUGAAGAUUUGCAUGGGAGAGUUGGAUACUGCAAAGGCCUUCAUGACCCGUCGGAUGAGGGCUUCCGGAAACUUGGCGCUUCUCCAGCGGCUACAGACCGUCCUGAAGACGAUCCAGACGAAUAAUAUUAAGGAGAAGAGCAAGCUA